GGCUUCGGGGGGUGGAAGAGGCGCGCGGAGGCUGGUAGGGAAUAAUGAUAAAGAGCUGGUGGUGCAUUUGAGCGUUGCUGGCGAAUGUUGGGCAGCUUGUUAGGCAAGAGGUCUGCAAGUGGAGUAUUAAUACCAAUCAUGGGAGAUGAAGAAGAUGACUACAUGUCUGAUUCCUUUAUUAAUGUUAACCAGGACAUCAGACCAGGCAUGCCAAUGCUGAGGCGUACAAAGGAAGUGUUUAAGAAAGAAGAAAAACAAAAGGAAGCAAACGAGAGAAGUCGGCAAAAGAGUAUAAAAGAGCAGGAGAAAGAACAACGUGAUACUGUUUUAAACAUUGCUUUGGGAAACGAGAAUAAAGGUUUUGCUAUGCUUCAGAAGAUGGGUUAUAAAAGUGGUCAACCUCUUGGCAAAAGUGGAAAGGGGAUUGUCGAGCCUAUUCCUCUGAACAUUACCACAGGCAGAAGUGGGCUUGGCCAUGAAGAAAUGAAGAAACGGAAAGCUGAAGAAAACUUGGAAAACUACAGGAGAAAAAUGCAUAUGAGGAAACAAGCGGAGGAGCAGACGGCUGACCUCUUCAAAUUGAGAUUGAAGACCAAACAGGAGCAACUUCAAGUAAAACGAGACCUUGUGAAAAGUCAGAAAGCCUGUCAACAACUAGAUAUGCAGAAAGGCCUUGAAUCCCCCAAAGAGAUGUGGUUCUGGUUACAGCCAGAGGAGGAAAAGGAAGAUGACGUGGAUGCAGAGGAGGAGGAAGAAAAAGAGGAAGAUGAGUUCGACGACUCAGAAAAGUUAAUCAUGUUGACAGCGUAUCUAAGAGAAGAACACCUCUACUGCAUUUGGUGUGGAACAACCUAUGAUGAUAAAGAAGAUUUAUCCUCAAACUGUCCUGGAGACACUUUUGCAGACCAUGAAUAACUUUCCUAAAGCAAGAAUAGUAAAUGCUACAAGAUCGAUCCAGCAUAAAGAUAUCAAACAGUUCAGAAGACUGCAUAUAUUUUUGUAGGGAAAAGGUUUUUGCAAUGUAUUUAUGUAUAUAUUGUAACACUGGAACUGUGCUGAAGUCCUGUUCAUUUGGAAAUAUGGAUAGAAAGGAGCUACACACCAAGAAGAUCUUAUAGGAGCUGCAUAAUCAGUUGACUGUCAGCUGUGAACUCUAGGUACUUAAAAACAAAAAAAGCUUAUUUGUUAUUUUUGUGAAAAACACAGCAAACAGGAUUGGGUCGAUCCUCCUUUACACCCCAAUCAAUUAUAGAAGAAGUGGAAUACUGAUCUAGUGCAGAAAAGAAAACAGGAGGGCUGAAAAGGUCCAAAAUGUGUAUAUAGAGAGGCCAGAAAUAAGAUCAGGACACUUAGGUUAAAAUCCUUCAUGUACUAACUUAGGAGUAAGUCCUGUUGACCUUGAGUGUAAAUAUUCUAAAUAUGCCUUUUACUGUUGACCAAACUGCUCAGUUUUGUAAUUUUCGGUGUUUUAUACCAAAGGUCUUUCAAUCCAUUUUCCUAAUGUCAGUGAAGGCUUAAAACAGUUAAUGUUGAACUGUUCAGUAGCUAUGGGUGUUUGUAUCACUAUUUACAGCUGAAUGCAUUUGUUGUGUAUGUAUAUGUCUAAACAGAUUUAUAUCUGGGGUUUUUUUACUAACCAGCAAAUUGGCUCAAAUGUAUAAAUACUAUACUAGGCACACUGAGAACCCCAUGCAGUACUGAAAACAAAAAUAACUAGCUGUACUGAAACAGGAGGUGGCAACUAAUGAUAUUUUCCCUGGGCAGUUACAAGUUAGUCCAUCUGAUGUUGACUCUGCCAUCCUCCCGUUCUCUUCUGAGUUGGUUCUUUGGUUAAAAGGUUUUUUUAAAAAAUGCCUUUCUAGCUAAAUUAGUUGAUGGGCUUCUAUUUAAGGUUAAUCCACUUUACUGCCCAUGGAAAACGGCAUGCUCAAGCCAACAUUAAGGUAAAGUGUGAACCAGACUGCUAGCUUUACAUGGAAGUAACCUCUAAUGGACUUGGUAGCCCUUACACCUGAGUAAAGGUGUUGUAUUUUUCAGUGGGGAAGUUUCAAGUAGAUGAAACGCUCAAUGGCUUGCCAAAGUGUUCAGGUUUGGCUAGAUUGUGCCUCAAGUUAUCAGGAGAAAGAACUUGGUGACAGUAACAAUGUAAGCAGAAGGGUGGCACGUAGUUCUAGUGUGCAUUAAAAAGGAAAUAACACGUC